AUGCUAUUCAUUAGAGAUCUGCAUUCAGGAAAUAUAUUAUAUCGUAAGUAUACCAAUGAGUGGUAUAUUUGUGAUCUUGGAUUUUGUGGGCCUAUUGAUAAACCUUUAAAAAGCGCAUAUGGAAAUCUUCCUUACAUAGCACCAGAAGUUAUAUUUGGAAAAGAAAGUAGUAAAGCAUCAGAUAUUUACAGUAUAGGAAUGCUUAUGUGGGAGAUUUCAUCUGAACAACCACCCUUUGCUUGUUUUGAUCAUAAUUAUGAUCUUGUAAUGAAUAUAGUGAAUGGAAUGAGACCAAAUAUAGUUUCAAACAUUCCAUUAGAAUAUAAGAAAUUAAUGAUACAAUGUUGGGAUGCUGAUCCAUUAAAGAGACCCGAUGCUUUAACUCUUUAG